AUGUCGGGCCCUGAGUCCGGUGUGCACGGCUCUGCGGAUACCACCGCAGAGCUUAACCUACAGCCACGUAUACCUACCCCCGCGGAUAACGAUGAUGGUCGCGUGGCCACCGAAGACGAAGUGCGCGAUCUCCUUCAUGUCGUUGACAAAGUUCCGGUUCGGCUCUGGGUAGCAUGCCUCGCGGGUAUUCUGGAACGCUUUGUCUGGUACGGGGCAACCGCUCCUAUACAAAAUUACCUGCAAAAUGCACCUGGUGGUGUGGUUCCGGGAGCACUGGGCUUGCAUCAGGCUACUGCAUCGAACAUCGUCAAUGCAAUAAUCAUCGGGUCAUAUAUCAUGCCUGUGCCUGCUGCCGUUGUUACCGAUAGCUGGCUGGGUCGCUACAAAACCAUGCUAUACGCUGCUAUCAUUGAAGCCAUCGGGGCAACUAUUCUUUUUGCCACGUCCCUACCCGUCGCGAUUCAUGAGGGGGCUGCUUUGGCCGGAGUAAUAACUGCCUGUAUACUCCUGGCCGUUGGAUCAGGCGCAUUCAAGACUGCGGUAGUACCAUUUAUUGCCGACCAAUAUGACGAGACCGAGUUUCGAAUCAAGACUCAGAAGGGGGGAAAGAGAGUUGUCACCAGCCGAGAGUUGACCAUGACUUAUAUCUAUAACGUCUUUUACUGGGCUAUUAACGUGGUGUGUUUUGUGGCUGAUGCCACACCGUUGUUGGAACGGCACUUUAUCCGGCAUUCGCCCACAAGUAACAUUAUGCCUCAGAUAUGCGCUGCCUUGGGAUAUGGGAUUACCGGUGGCUUCAAAAUGGAUACCGCAAAGCCAGAUGCCCAGCUUCAUCAGCACGGUCGACAAGUCCCCUGGGCAGACUCAUUUAUUGAAGAAAUUAAGAGGAGUCUGCUGACCUGCCGAGUAUUGAUUCUGUUCCCUAUUCACUGGCUUUGCUAUAACCAGAUAUUCAGCAACUUGAUCUCUCAAGCUGGGCAGAUGGUCACGUACGGUAUUCCGAACGACAUGAUGAAGAUUGCUGGGCCAAUCUCGGGGAUCAUCAUUGCGCCUAUCGUGCAAAAAGGGCUCUAUCCUUACGUUACAAAGCGACGAAUCUCAUUUGGACCGAUUGCACGGAUGACAGUCGGAUUCAUCUUUUUGACUCUCUCCAUGGUUUACACCACAGUGAUUCAGAUGAUCAUCUAUCAGGCCGGGCCAUGCUACGAUGCACCACUCUCAUGUGCUGCUUCCAAUGGUGGCACUAUCCCCAACCAGGUUUCGGUCUUUCUCCAAGUUCCGACGUACUUUGGUGGAGGAUUGGCGGAGGUGUUUUGCCUUACCACGGGAACCGAGUAUGCUUAUAACCACGCGCCUAAGAGUAUGAAGACCCUGGUCCAAGCAAUCUGGCUCGCUAUGGCUGGGGUCGGAACCUGUCUUGCCCUGGCCUUCACUCCGCUCACCAAGGACCCCCAUCUGGUCACGAUGUAUGCCAUUCUGACGGGGCUUUUGGGUGGAGCGACCGUUCUGCUGUGGGUUCUCUUCCGAAGCUUGGACAAGUCGAAGAUCAUGGAGGAUGUUGAAUAG